AGCAGCAGAGAGGAAGAGGAGGAGUGAGGGAGGAGGCCGGGACACGAGGAAGAAGAGUGAGAGAGGAGGGGUGAAAGAAGAAAAAAGGGGAGUAACCCAUCUUCUUUGCUGCAACCCCCCUCCCUCUCACUAUCGUUCUAUUUCUUCUUUCCCUGAGUCAUCUGUUCCAGAGGAAGGACACCUGCCGCUCCCUCGUGAUUCAGCCUUUCUGCUGCUCGGAUCUUCACGAGAGGCAGCAUGUCCCUCCUGCUCGUCCUGUCCCGUGCACGUCUGCCACUGCAGUUGCAGCCGGCCCGCCGCCACCACCACCACCACCGCGCCGUCUCCUCCAUCCAAGUGCUCAGACAAUUCAUGGAACUCCAUUGAAGGCUGUCUGCGUACGUCCAGACAAGGUCACAAUCACUUUCCUCUGCUGUCCCGCCUCUCUUCGUGAUGGACCACAUACUUGAAUUGACUGGUGGCAGACAGCCACUGUGUGAUGCUCUGAGUUCAUAGCCUUCCGAGACCCUGCAUCCAGCAGUUAGGGAAGACAGGAUGACUGAGGGAACAGAGGAUUUCUCCGCAGGCCCUCCUGGCUCUGCUGUUGAUACUGGACACGUCCCAAAGGAGAAACCGGAGGAGACGGAAGCUGGUGGAGAGAACGGGGAAGAGGUUGCAGAGGUAACUACAGCAGCAGGAGGAGGAGGGGAUGGUGAUGAUGGUGGCGGUGAUGGGGAGCAUCCAGGAGCUGUGGGAGUCGUGGCUUUGCCUGGGACCUGCUGCGUGUGCAUCCAGAUGGAACACGUGAACAAUUGCCUGCACUCUGAAAAAAUCUGCAUUCUGCCCAUCCUAGCCUGCUUGCUUAGUUUAGCUCUGUGCACAGCUGGACUCAAAUGGGUCUUUGCAGAUAAGAUAUUUGAGUAUGAAGCGCCCACUCAUUUAGACCCUAAACGUAUCGGACAGGACCCUAUGAUCAUAUCCGUGGAUCCCACACUGGGAAUAAGUGUGUCCUUUCCUCGUUCCUCUCCUUCCACGAUUUCUCUGACCACUGCUUCUAAUGCCCGAAGCUCACAGCAUCCUGAGCUUUUCAUGCAGGACACAACCACAGCGGGGUCAUACGUGCCACCCCAAGGGACCCUAUCAGAACCCUCUGGCACCUUGAAACCCACCACUGAGCUUCCCACCAUUCCAAAGCAGACCCCCCUCCCUCUGACGACACAGGAAGUGAACCACAUAGUCAUCCCAACAAUUUCCUCCACCAGCAGCACCACCGCUAGAGUCAAGACCUCCAGUCAUGUGACACGCUGUAGCGAGAGCCAGAAGAACUACUGCGUUAAUGGAGGAGAAUGCUUUACCCUUGAACUCAUACCAGGCAGCACAAAGUUCUUGUGCAGGUGCUUGACCGGAUUCACUGGGCACCGAUGUGAACAAGCUGUGCUUAAGAAAGUCUCAAACCCGAAACAAGCUGAGGAGCUGUAUCAGAAACGUAUUUUAACAAUAACAGGAAUCUGCAUUGCGCUCCUAGUCGUUGGGAUCAUGUGUGUGGUUGCCUACUGCAAAACAAAGCAGCAGAGGAAGAAGCUCCAUGACCGUCUCAGGCAGAACCUGAGGAAGAAGAGAAACAAGCUGGCAAAAUCCACCAGCAGACGCCAGGUCUCCAAUUUGCCUCUUCAAGAUUUGCAGCAAAACAAUCAGUGCAACGGGGCAGUCCAGCAUGCAGCUGAGAAGGAGACAGAAACCACAUUCUCCACAAGCAAAUACGCCUUAUCAACACAAGAACCUACCACACUCACCCACAUCUCCAGCCAAAGCCCUCUGGCAACGUCUCCUCCUUCAGAGAUGUCAGCCCCUCUUUCCAGCCUGGCCACCUCCGUGCCCUCAGUAGCGGUCAGCCCAUUUGAGGAGAAGCGCCCCCUGCUGUUGACUAAGACUCGUCAGCCGCUGCAGUCCUUGAAGCAAGAUGAACUGAAGAGUACCUGUGCACAUUACAACCACGGCCAUGAGGCACACAGCUUACCGCCUAGCCCGCUGUGCGCCAGGGGGAACGAGAACUACCAUGUCGCAGUCACCGCUGCAGCUAGCCACACGAUCUCAGCGUCCACUGAGAUGCUAGUGAAUGCAAACAACAUGAUUAAUAACUACAGCGCCACAGGAGCCGCCGUUACGAAUGGUCACGCCCUGCAUCAUAAAGAGUCCAGUAUUGACAGCAUACUGGAGAGUGAAACAGAGAUUCUAAAGGGAGAUCAGAUACCCUUUUUUUCUAGAGACAACACUAAAGCGCUGCUGUUCAGGGUUAAGGAUAGCAGUAGGACUAAGGUGGUAUCACCGAAUGAUGACCUGCAACUCAUGUCAUCCACCAAACCAGAUGCGAGAGCUGUGUAGAGCGAGAGACAGAGAGACAGAAACGCUUGUUUAGGGGAAAAAAUAGUCACUAUUUCAUCUUUAUUUUCUGUAAUUUAUUUACUGUGUACAGACAUUUAAUGAUGUAGUGAACAUAGAGUUUUAUAAAUGACAAAAUGUACAAAUGUGUUCAUGUCUUGUAGAUGAAGUGCCAUACACAAGUAUGUAGCAGCUGUGUAUAUUAGCGUGUACAAAUAUCAAUGGUGCCUUUCUGUUGGGUAUGCUUGCAUACAGGGCCAUAUACUGUAUUCAACAUCUUAAUAUUGUCAUCAUGUAUGACUCGCUGGCUGCCUUCAGUGUGUCAUCAGUCAACUGACACCACAGGUUGGUACCAAAGUUCAAAGUGCAUGCUACAUCCUUAAAUGCUGUUUGUCUUCAAGCCAUUGGACCUGCCUGGUCGAGUAUCAGAUGUCCAUUUUUCUAAAUGCAAUAUGGAACUGCAACACUGACUGGACUGAUGUUAGAUGAAUAAAUGUUAGUCAUUACAGAUUUUAGAAAAUAUGCAACAGAUAAUGGUUACAUCUGUUGAUAGCCUCCGCUACUGAUGAUAACACAUGCAAGCUGAUAUCCCAGAAGAAUAAAAAAUGCAAUCAGUCAAAUCUGCCUGUUAGGAAUCACGUACAUGUUUGCUUCACCCUGAAUGUCAACUAAUUGAUAACUCGGAUCAGUCUUCAAUCAGUCAUAUUAGGAAAUAUUUCUCCAGUUUUACUGAUUGCAUCUUUGAGAAAAUAUGUUCAAAUCAUAAAUAAAUAUAUGACUCUUGGCUUUUUUUGUAUAAUGAUGUGGAACGACAGGGUGAAGGAAAGAAGAGAAACGGCGCGAUGACACGAAGUACUGAACAAAACACAUUAAGGGAGUGAAGAAUGAUACUGUAUCACUUUGUAAACAAAUAGGCUGGAAGAGAAAGUGAAAGUAAAAUCGUGAAAAGAGUCGCAUGAUAUGACAAAUGAUACGCAAGAUUAAUGGUUUGGAACAGAAUACAUGCAUGAACAAUUGGAUAGUGACUGGGCUCCACAUUACAUGCAAGCCUCAUGACAGGGCAGCUGAUGGCAGAAGAGAUUAUGUUGCUUCAACAUGUGGCCAACUUUCUGCAAUUCAAGGGGGGUGGAUGUGGAUGUCAACAUGGAUACAUGCCUUCCAAUAUCUGGAAAGAAAAACAACACCACACCUGUCAUCGUCAUAAAAUUGACCACCAAAAGAAAACAUGGUGGCUUUCCUGAGGCAGAGAAGCAAGCUGGAAGGAACAAACGUAAGUCAUUUUUCCAGUGAGGGCCUCAUAGUGAAAAAACAAAGGCUGCAAGG